CAAAAAUCUUCAGUAUGUUAAGUUUUUUUGCAGGCAUCUUACAUCAGCUAAGCUCCAUUUGGUAUAGAAAGAACUUUCAGUCCUUGGAAAUCAUUGAAGUAUUUCUAAAGUAUUUUGGUUCUCUGACUCAAUGGAUUAAUCUAAAACUGUUUUAAGAAGGAGGACAUUAUUCUGAAUAAGUUGACAGAAGGCUGACAAGUAUUUUCAAGGAGCUCCAAGCUGUGUUCAAGAGAAGCCAUUGCAAGUAAAUCAUCACAACAGGAAUUAGUUUAUCAUGGAAAUGGAUUACCCAAAUACUGCUGAAAGGACAUAAAUCAUUUUUUCUUGACGAAUGGCUGAAAAUCUCAAGGGGAUGUUAUAAAUCUUCUGUAAGGGUUAACUGCGCAUUUCCCUCAUGGAGACAGCAUUCCUCCUCUCUAUGAUGCACUUCAUUCUAUUACUGCUGCUACAGCUUCACAGGAUCGCAGACGCUCAGGUCAAUCCAGGAGUGUGUCGUUAUCCUCUUGGAAUGUCUGGAGGUCAAAUUUUGGAUGAGGAUAUCUCUGCUUCUAGUCAGUGGUCAGAAUCUACAGCAGCCAAAUAUGGGAGGUUGGAGUUUGAGGAGGGGGAUGGAGCCUGGUGUCCUGAAAUUCCAGUGGAACCAGAUAAUCAUAAGGAGUUCCUUCAAGUUGACCUGCACAGGCUGCAUUUUAUAACACUGGUGGGGACUCAGGGUCGUCAUGCUGGGGGACAUGGAAACGAGUUUGCGGAGAUGUAUAAAAUCAACUACAGCCGAGAUGGUUCUCGAUGGAUUUCCUGGAAAAGUCGACAUGGGAAACAGAUCAUUGAAGGAAAUGCCAAUGCAUAUGACAUAAUUGUAAAGGAUCUGGAACCACCUAUCAUAGCCAGGUUCAUCCGGUUCAUUCCAGUCACAGAUUACUUCAUAAAUGUCUGUAUGAGAGUGGAGCUAUAUGGAUGUGAAUGGUUAGAUGGUCUUGUGUCUUACAAUGUUGCAGCAGGCCAGCAGAUGGUCCCACCUGGAGGUCCAGUCAUUUAUCUUAAUGAUUCUGUAUAUGAUGGAGCAAUUGGCUCCAGUAUGACAGAAGGGCUUGGCCAGCUUACAGAUGGAGUUACUGGACAAGAUGAUUUUAUACAGAGUCAUGAGUACAAUGUCUGGCCUGGAUAUGACUACAUUGGCUGGAGAAAUGAAAGUUUCAGCAAUGGUUACCUUGAAAUCAACUUUGAAUUUGACAGAGUUCGAAACUUCACCACCAUGAAGGUACAUUGUAACAAUAUGUUCACUAAGAGUGUGAAGAUAUUUAAGGAGGUUCACUGUUACUUCCGUUCUGAGGUAAAUGGCUGGGAGGCAGACGUUAUGUCCUUUGUUCUAGUGGUGGAUGACGUUAAUCCCAGUGCUCGCUAUGUGACUGUGCCCUUGCAACACCGCAUGGCCAGUGCCAUCAGGUGUCACUACUAUUUCGCUGCUGAAUGGAUGAUGUUCAGUGAAAUCACUUUCCAGUCAGAUACUGCAAUGUACAACACUACUGGAGUCUCACCAAAAAGUCCAGGCACACCAACUAGCACUGUGAUUAACCCAACUCUGAAGAUUGAUGACAGCAAUACUCGCAUUCUGAUUGGAUGCCUGGUGGCAAUAAUCUUUAUCCUGAUUGCCAUAAUUGUUAUCAUCCUGUGGCGGCAGUUCUGGCAAAAAAUAUUAGAAAAGGCAUCACGUAGAAUGCUGGACGAUGACUUGACAAUAAGCCUUUCCCAUGAAAGUGACACCAUCAUGUUUCACACCGACAGAUCAUCUUCUCCCAGUGAGCAGGAGUCAAAUUCCACCUAUGGCAGAAUAUUCCCACUGGGCCCCGACUAUCAGGAACCAUCAAGUCUCGUAAGGAAGUUGCCAGAGUUUGCAAAGGCUGUUGAAGAGGAAUGUUGUAAUAAUGCUGUUGGAAAGCUGUCACAAAGCUCUGGUCCAGAUGGUGUGCCACACUAUGCUGAGACUGACAUUGUAAAUCUACAGGGUGUCACAGGUAGCAAUACCUAUGCUGUCCCAGAAAUUACAAUGGAUCUGCUAUCUGGCAAAGAAGUUGGAGUGGAGGAAUUCCCAAGGAAUCUGCUGACUUUCAAAGAGAAACUUGGUGAAGGGCAGUUUGGUGAGGUUCAUCUCUGUGAAGCAAAAGAAAUGCAACAGUUUACAGACCAGGAUAUUUUAUUUGAGACUAAUAGCCAGCUAGUGUUAGUAGCUGUGAAGAUGCUACGUACUGAUGCCAACAAGAAUGCCAGGAAUGACUUUCUGAAGGAAAUCAAGAUUAUGGCCCGCCUGAAGGAUCCCAAUAUAAUCCAACUCUUGGCAGUGUGUAUCAAUGAAGAUCCCCUGUGCAUGAUUACUGAAUACAUGGAAAAUGGAGACCUGAACCAGUUUCUAGCCCGGCAUGAGCCAGAGUCCACAGUACAAGGAGCUGGUUUUAUGCCAACUAUCAGCUUUGCUAACCUGAAGUACAUGGUUACACAGAUUGCCUCUGGUAUGAAAUAUCUGUCCUCUUUGAAUUUUGUGCACCGUGAUCUCGCCACACGGAAUUGUCUGGUUGGCAAGAACUACACAAUCAAAAUUGCGGACUUUGGAAUGAGCAGAAAUCUCUACAGUGGAGACUAUUACAGAAUCCAGGGAAGGGCGGUGGUCCCAAUUCGCUGGAUGUCAUGGGAAAGUAUUCUACUGGGCAAAUUUACCACAGCAAGUGAUGUCUGGGCAUUUGGAGUGACACUGUGGGAGACUCUGACAUUCUGUCGAGAACAACCAUAUGUUCACCUGUCAGAUGAACAAGUCAUUGAAAAUACAGGAGAAUUUUUCAGGGACCAGGGGAGGCAGACUUAUCUUCCAAAGCCUGCCAUGUGCCCUGAUUCACUUUACAAAAUGAUGUUGAGUUGCUGGAGAAGGAAUACAAAGGAUCGCCCUGGCUUCAAUGAAAUUCAUCACUUCCUUCAGGAGCUUCCAGAUAAUGAGUAAAUCUUCACUGUAAACAUCUAAAUGGUGUCAAUCUCAACAGACUUUAUAAUGUCUUUAAGACAAUUCAAGAGUAAAUAUUAAACAAUUUGUAGAUUACAUAGGUGAUUCAAUUAUAUAUGUGAGGCCCAAUAAAUAAAUGAAGGCAAUUAAUGUAAGUGUAAAUAAGGUCGUUGUUAAGUUUGAGAGGGUUAUUUAUGCUUUAAUUGUUCUGCCUAGCACUGUCAUUGUUCAGACUGCUUAUUAGUAGAAGCUGAUUGGUUUCUGUUUUAAAUCAGCUGUGUUAGCUGACCAGUCUGUAGUAUAUUUAAACAAUAUAUAAUUAAGAACAUCUUUCUGGUAAAAUUAUUUUAAAAUUACCAGUUUUGCUUUUAUUUUCCAUUACUAAUUAGGGAUAAGAAAUGUUCUGCUUUUAAGUUUCCUUCUGGAAUUUUACAUGAACUUUCAAAUGAUAACGCCAGAUGGUUUUAAAUUACAGUAGUGGCCAUUUUAAUUGCCUGAAUCAUUAUAUGCAAAUCUAGACUAAAACAGUUCAAAUCUAUCCAAUGAUACUAAAGCACUGUAAAUUAGAAAAUAUAUUCCUCAAUAAAAAGCACUGAUUUUUUAACUGACAGACCAAGUAUCUCAAAGGAUAAUGAAAAUGUUAAAGGUUAUGGAUGUUACCGGGCAGACUCAAUGCACUUAUGCGCGGAGAAGUUCUGAGCAUCUGCGAAACAUUAUGGUUCACAAAACCAUAGCAAAUAGAACUGCCUGAACAUUAUGGCUACAGUAGAUCUGUACAUAUGCUUAGAGACAGGGAUUACCAUCUGAAAACAGUGUCUUUUAUUUCUUAAAAUGCAUGGAGCUACAUUAGAAGACUUGUAUAUUUCUGAAUGUUAGUUUGGUGGAAAGAGCAACAGUAUAUGGCUUGAGUAUAAAAUAUGCAUUAUUUUGCUUAUACCUCUCAAUCAGGGUGUUAGCUGAAGCUGACACAGAAAUAGACAACUACAGAGUACGACCUGUUGAAUGCUGAACGUAGAAAGUCCAAAUACUUUAAAUUGCUUAACAGCUUCAGAAAGUAAGCCAAACUCGAGGACAGCAGCAGCGGUAGAAAAAGCAAUGUGGUUGAGGAACUUCCUAGAUUCACAACUCAACACAUGCAGCAGUUACGUGGGAGGGCUUAGUACCAGUUUUAUCAACAAACCAAUUAAAUGUAGUCACACCAUGCUUAGAAUUAACCAUUAAAAUCUCCAAGGUAAUGUACAGCCAUGUAUCAGCUCCAGUUAUCAAGGAACUUGUUAGUCAAAUGUUGUCUUUAUUUAUCUUGGAAGAUCUUGUAAAAUCAUGGACUGCAACUGUACUCAUACUAUAAAAGUCUUAAAGUUCCAAAGAAUGAGUAGGAGGCCAGCAUGAUGAUUAAGGUGUUUACCUUACAGACACAAGGUGCAGGGUUUGAUUCUCACAUUAGGUAAUUGGCGCAGCUUAAAAUGACCCACAAGGGCAGUUAGCCUAGUACUAAUCUAAUCUAUGAAUGUGCCAUCUCCUGUCUAAAUCAGACAUAUGUGAAUCUCAUGCAGUGGGGGAUAGUAUUAGUUGCUGUUCAGUCUUUGUUUUACAUAAUACUGCUUUGGUUGCUAAACAGAUGUCUUAUUGUGAUUUGUAAAAAGCAUUUGCCUGAAAUGUGAUAAUAAACAGUACCCAAAUGCACUUUUUGACUUGCUUCACAAGAGUGAUGCAAAUUAUAAGCAAUGUAGUCACAGAAAUUUUAAGUUUCACAAUGUAAUAGCACAGAAAUGAAUGUCAUAAAGAGUGCCUGGAGCUAAUUUAUAGCAGCAUUUUUAAGCAUAUGAGAAGAGCAAUUAUAAUUACCAGGGUGGGGGGAGGGGAUAACCAGCCUCUGCCAACAGGCAGUGCAGUUAUAAUGUGGUAUUUUCAGUUCUGUUGUGUGACAUGUUGUUAGGUCCUGAAUGAAGAAUCAGGACAUUUUAAUGUCUUAACUCCCUAGGGAGACUGCUCUACACUGUUCACGGUAUGGUUUUAAAUGAAUGAUGUAAUUUUAUAGUUUUUAGCAGAACUUGUAGCAUUUUUUUGAAACCCAUAAAUACAAAAAUAUACCAGGAAAUUCAUAUAAAGUCACUUUUAUUAGAGAUGUUAAUUAGCCAGAUGGGUUAUGCACCUGCACAGUAUUGUUUUUCAUCUGCAGCAUUUUUCUUAUUAUUAACUGUAUAUUUUCUGUACUGUUUAAUAAUGGAUCUGUUGUGCCUGGUAUACGUUAGUUCCUGCAGUUCAGAUAUCUCAUACUGUUAUCAAUUAUUUAAUACUAUAUCAUUGUGCAGUCUUCAACUUUUACUGUAUUGAGUAUAGGGUGAGUCUGUAAAUGGCACAAUCAUUGGCCCUUUGGAAUUUCUCAGUAAAUAAAAGAAGAGAAAAAAGGUAGGAAAGGAAGGAAGAAGGGGAAAACAGAUUGAAAAUUAGGGAAAAAAGGAGAACAAGAAUUCCUCAAAGAAUUUCUCAGCAAUUUCAUUUCAGCAGUCAAUCUCUUGUGCCUUGCUGAAGAUUCUUCAACAUCCAGAUCUGCUAUACAUAUUUCUCUACCUCAUUCUAGUGUUACAGCCUGUCUGAUGUACCCCCUUUUCUGGAGGUCUGGAGGGAGUAAUCACUCUGGGGCACUGACUGCAUGAGAUGUUGGCUAGAUUCAUGCUGUAAACACUAAUGGGAUUUAUCAUAGACAAAUGAACCAUUGCUUCAUUAUCUAUGUCAGUUUGUCCAUCCUUCUGCCAUUCUACCUGCCCAGCACAAUGCACACUGUUGGCAUCUGACCCAAGAUGGCCAUUUCUGCAUAACAUGGUUAUGUAGACUCAUCCUUCUUCCAGGAAACACAUUUCUGCACAGAGUUAUUUUCAUUUGACCAAUUACAGUGUGUGUGUGUGUGUGUGUGUGUGUGUGUGUGUGUGUGUGUGUGUGUGUGUGUGUAUGUACGCACACACAUGUAUAUAUACAUCAUUCACAAUUUUCUGACAAUCCAUAUAUUUCUAUCAAAAAUUUAAAUUAGACACAAAAGUAAUUUAAUUAUAAAGAAUGAACAUACAAACAUAUGUAUGAGGAAGCCACAUUAAGCAAAUUACCAAGAAAUGUAAUAAAUCAGCUGCCACAGCAAGGCAUGCCCCAGUUCUGGUGCUGAGUUCAGUCAAAUCCUCUGAUAAAUCCUGAUCUAAUUUUAGAGUAUUUGAUUAAUUUGUGCUGAAUAGAUGACCUAGGGCCCACAGGAUGAGUCCCCCAAAACAAUGCAUUGAAUAGGCAAAUCUGGUCAGAAGCAAGACAUUGGGUUGUUAGAAUUAAUCACUUUGGUCAUGAAAUGAGCCAACAAGUAUUCAUUAAACUAACUGAUAACUGCAGAAUGAGUUACCAGUUAUCAGUAAAUUUAGCAAAUUAAAUCAAGAUACCGAACACCAGAAAAAUUAGGAAUAUUACAGCCUCCUUCGGCAGCACAUUUUCCCUCAAAAUGUUUCAAGACAAUUUUUGUAAUACUAGAUCAAAUUUCAGGUAGUUGGUCUACCUAAGAAACUGGAUUGUCACAAUGCUUUCAUAUGCCAACAUAACAUAUUCAGAAAUGAAGUCUGUGUUGAUGUAAGUACAAUUAAUCUCCCUCAAAGGGCAUUUUUUAACAAAUAUAAAACAAGCAAAUUUUGAAAGUAAAGCUUUAGUAAAUCCUGAUUGUGCAUAUCCAUUCUUAAUUGUACAGUGCUACCUCCCAGCUAUUUACAGUUAUGUCUCAUUUGUAAUCUAAAUAAAUUAUGGUUACAGCUGCUUUUACAAAUCUGUGAUUUUCUUACCUUCUUAAGAUGAAAUCCACAAAUUAAACUAUGGAAAUAUCAGUCAAGGUUUCUGUUAAUGUUAUUUGUGUAAUCUAUAUGGCUUUCCUACACUUGGUUCUGACACCAUUUCAUGUUUAACUUUUGUUUGACGUUUUUUGUCAAAUCGAAGAAGUUACAGUGAUUUUGUUGUGUUGAAGGCGCUUGUCAUUCCCUUUUGUUUAUUAUUUUUGUUUCAGAUAAGAUUAAAGUAUUUUGUGCACUCUCCA